AUGGAAGAAUCCAGAGAUAAGCAGUGGGCGAAAGCUUACAUUCUCGAUCCUUUGACUGCUCCUGAACCAAACCAAGAAACUGGCAUUGGAGCAUCUCACAACCUUUCAGCGCAAUUACGCAACAUAUCUCUUGAGAAUUCAAGCCCAAGCCCGAGCCAAGACCGCAGCGAAGAUCGCAAGCACAAGCAUAGAUCAUCAUCUCAUAGCCAUCGACACCGCAGCUAUCCUACUCCUCCUACUUCAGCCAGCCCAACUCGUUCUGACUUUCAUCCCUCGAACCCCUUCUCGGACUCUGCGGCUUCACGACGAGCUCACUCUUCCAAGUCGCUGUCUCCUCCAAAUUCACCCCCAGCCGACUCUCGCCGUUAUCCACCCAACUCUGCAGUCACCCGUUCGUCCAGCGCCCGGGUUCCCCAGCAAUCAAGCCUUCGACCUCCGCCUGUUCACCACCGUAGCUUCAGCGCCGGCAAUUGUGACAUCUCACGCAAGCCCUCGCUAAACCAGCGAUUCCCAGGUGACAUGUCUCAUAGACCACUUGAGAUCCUCAGAAAAGAGGCCCGCGCAGCUGAUCGCGCACCUCAUCUGCGACGAAAGCAAUUGCCUGUUACCGACACCAUUGAUGCUCUUGACACCAUCGGUGGGACAUACCAUCACGGCGGUCCUUAUGACGCCACUCUUGCCAGCCGCAACAGAAACAAGCUCUACUCGCCCGUUGCCGCCGUUCAGGAUUCCAACAACGAGGCUAUCCGUGCCACCCCAAGAGAGUACAUUGAGGACUCUCUUAGACGGCAUAUUCCACUUCAAGGGACUGCUACAAUUCCCAGCGGCGAGCAGGAUUUCCGUGGUGACACAAUUGAAUAUGAAGAAGGUGCCGAUCUCAUGAGAGAACCCGAUGCGGUCGGCGGCGCAUACAAGCGUUGGGAUGGUAUUAAAUACCAUCCUGAUGAUCUCAAGGGAAAGGGAGAACCUUCCUAUACCUAUGAAAAGGACCUGAAGGAAAAGAAGCGUCUACGCCGUGGGGAACCCGUCGAGUACGAAUUGUCAUCAGGCAUGAAGAGUAGCAAGCGCCCUCCCUUCAGCCACCACCGAAGCUUCAGUGAGAGCCCACGAUCAGCACCUUCUCAAGACGGCGCUUCAGAUGGAAACGGGCUUCGCCGCAACAACUCGACAGGCCGACAUCGUCUGAGCGAUGGUCUUCGACGACGCUUUGGUAGUAUCAGGCGCAAGAAGGUCGAUGAGGUCCGAUAA